AUUUAAAGGUGCGGCUGAAAGACAGUUAUGAAGACGGUGAGAUAAAAGAGCGGACAAGGGGUGCGCGUGAGGAAAAGCCUUUAAAUUUAUUACUAAGCCUUUUUCAUUCACCACCAUCAACGGCCUACCCUGUGUGUGGAGUGUUGCCCUCCGUUUGUUCGCGCCGCCCUGUGUUUUUUUUUUUUUUUUUUUUUCUUCUCUUGUUUCUCUCCACUGAGCUGAAAUAGGGGGCGAAGGGCGCUCCUCCACGGACACACCGAUAUUAUUAUAUAUCCCUGUUUUCAUCCCGGGCCCCGAGUGCCAUAAGCGUAAUCAUGUCUCUCAGUCUCACACUUCGUAGCGUUUCAACGCGUCUUCUGCUGACCUCUAAGAGCUCGUUUCUCUCGCGUCUCCAAUGGCGGAAUUCGUCCGACGGUCCGACGCAGGAGGCGUGUCCUGCGCCCAGCGUGGUCUCGGGGACGAGGGGCUCUGUGCUCACCAUCGGCAUCAACCGUCCCACGGUGCGCAACGCAGUCGACCGGGAGACAGCGCGGCGACUGCUGGAGGAGUUCAACACGUUUGAGGGCGACCCCACGCUCACGGUCGCUGUGCUGCACGGCAUCGGAGGGAACUUCUGCGCUGGUUAUGAUCUGAAGGAGCUGGCCCAUCACUCCGCGUCCCUCAAAUUGGAACAAGAUGUCACCAAAGGUCCCGGUCCAAUGGGUCCCUCCCGCCUCCAGCUGUCCAAACCAGUCGUAGCGGCCAUCAGCGGAUAUGCGGUGGCUGGUGGUCUGGAGUUGGCGCUGCUGGCUGAUCUGAGGGUGGUGGAGCGCAGCGCCAUCAUGGGGGUCUUCUGCCGCCGCUUUGGCGUCCCACUCAUUGAUGGUGGCACAGUAAGGCUCCCUCGCCUUAUUGGCCUCUCGCGGGCUCUGGACCUGAUCCUCACAGGACGACCAGUGGGUGCCGAGGAGGCACUGGCCUUUGGGCUGGCCAAUCGUGUGGUCCCAGACGGGGAAGCCUUCCAGGCUGCACUGGAUCUGGCGCAGCAGAUGAGCCUCUUCCCUCAGCGGUGUCUCCGUGCCGACCGUGCCUCGGCCUACCACAGCGUCUUUGCUGCCUCCUCCUUUUCCCAGGCCAUGCAGUAUGAAUUUGACAACGGCGUGGAGGUCAUCCAGGUGGAGGCCAUUGCAGGGGCUAACCAGUUCAGUGCUGGAGUGGGCAGAGGGGGUGUUUUCCCUAAGAAGGACCCUGCAGAAUGACAUCUUUCAGAAAUGCACUUUAAGCCUUUGUUUCUCUAACAACAGAAGUGAACUGCUGACUUCAGAGUAUGAAAUUAGAGGAAUUAUUUUUGGCAGCAUGCAAUUUGUGUAUGACUGUUUUUCAAAAACAACUGAACAUUUGUUUUAUUCUGCACAAAGAAUGAGUAAGUCCUCAUCUCCUGACUUCAGUCGAUUUAAACUUAAACAAAUACUCCUUCAGACAUAAACAUGGAUCACAAAGUCCACCUGCUGCCUAUUUGUAAAAUGUGAUUUAUUAUGAUCCGCAUAUCAAAGCACCUCGGGAAGGCAGAGAGCUACCGGAAAACAAAAACAAAGUAACAAUGGCAUCAAAAGUGCCAGUAGUGCCCGAGUCCAACCAAAUACUACCAUGAAUCUUAUCACAUGAAAGAAUGGUUCACCUCAGAUGUCAGUCUUUCAUCUCCAAGAACAUCAUCAAUAAGAUUAUGGUAGCAGGACAACUGAUCAGCCAUAUUUUGAGGGAGUGUAUAGACUGAGGACUGCAAAGCCUGAAGGAGCUGAUGUAGAUAGGAAGAGUGAAUUACUAACUGAGGUGUGGAAAAGGGUAAACACACAGUUAGAAAUGAAUGCUGUGGGAGGGAUCAGAGGCAUAAGAAUUCAGAAGAGGGAAAAAGUAGGUGUGAAAGAUGGCACCCAGAUGGUGUGGUGGGUACAACCCGCUUUCAGAAUGCUCUAUGAGAUACGGCUGAUCCUGUUGUCCCUUAGUACACUGCCGAUGACCACGCCCCUGAAUCCAGGUGCUUGUUUUUAAACCCCCCCCCACAACAUGUGCUCUGAGAGAAUACAGAGGCCACUAGCUGGGGGUCUGGCUCCCUUGCCUGGCCACACCCACUCAAGUGAACACACAGCACUUUUGACCCAUCUUCUAAUUAGGGAGAGGAGAUGCAUCGUCUAGACAGCAUGAUGACAAGCUGCACAUCCCUCAAAUCACCAUGCGACCUCAUCAUUGUAGCUCGAAUCCCUGCUUUGCUCCCUCUUGCCUUUGUUGUUCGGUUCUGAAGAGUUCAGUGCUGCAGAGAGAAAAUACAGUACACAUUUUCAAGAGAUUACUAUUGGCUGACAUUCUGCUCUUUGCAAGAUUGCUUUUCUUUAAAAAAAUGCUGUCAAAUAAGAUGUCAGAAAAGAUCAAUAGAUUAUUAUUCAUAUGAGAAGAAUCUGAUGCU